AUGCGGCCCUCAUAUUCCAGCGAGGAACUGAACUGCCUCAAUUCUCUCUGCACAGUCAACCCUGGCGACUAUCGGAUGAUGCUCGCACAUCACAAAGAAACGAGAGUCGAGUCAACAUGCACAUGGCUUCUGAGUCACGUUUCGUAUAUAAAGUGGCUAGUCCCAUCUUCCUCUUUGCUUUGGAUUUCUGGGACGCCUGGUCAAGGUAAAACUAUGCUCGCCUUGUUCAUGACCAAGGAAUUGGAACAUAUGUCUGAGGAAAAGGAAAAGACAACGGUUGGAUAUUUCUUCUGGGAUAUCAGAACACGUCAAAACACAGCCGCUGCGAUGCUCCGGACCCUCAUUUACCAGCUUCUUCGAAAACAACCUCAACUAUUCGUGCAUAUUAUGGACGACUAUUUGAUGCGGAAAUCCUCAGACCUCCCGCCUUUCUCGGACGAGAGCUUUACAACACUCUGGCGUAUCUUCUCCGCUAUGAUUAAUGACGAUUCGCAUGAUACAUUCUAUUGCGUCCUUGACGGGCUCGAUGAAUGUGAAAAAAGCUCCCGCGAUCUUUUCCUGGAUCUCCUUCAUCAACUGUUGCACGCCUCGCAUCACCGCAAUGAAAACUCUAGACGAAAGCUCAAAUUACUCGUAACGUCGAGGCCUCUGCCUGGAAACACAGAGCAGAAAUUUACGCCCUUUGUCUUGCAGCUUGAGCUGAAUAAGGCUACUUCAGGCCACGAUGUGCAACUCUACAUUAAGAAGCAAGUUGCGGAUCUAGUGAAUCUUGGAUUUAGCGAAGCUCGAGUCGCAAGAAUUGAAAAGGCACUUAGUUCGCGCUGCGAAAGUACGUUCCUUUGGGUGUCGCUUGCCACGCAAGAAAUGAAGAAAAAGCCACCUUGGAAAGCCGAAAAGCUAGUGGCUCAACUACCCUCGGGCAUGGCCCAGCUCUACGCCAAACUGCUUGCGAAUAUUAAUAUAGAGUUUCGCACAGAUGUAGAGCACAUCUUAAUGCUUGUCAGCACAGCAUUCCGCCCACUGACAGUCAUGGAACUUGCCACAGCG